CAAGGUGGUUCCAUACCACGACCAAGCAUCAUGGACGGCGUGGUCCAAGCGUUGAGCCACCUCGCCGAGGGCUUAGAGGCGACAGUGGCCGCCCACGAAGAAGAGAUUGAAGAGGCACUGCAGGAGAAGGAGGAUGCCAUCCUCAAGUGCAAGAAGGCCGCGCGCGCCCGGGACAAGGCUCUCGCGGCGAGCAACCAAUGCUCGCAGCGCGUCGCCUCCGUGCAGAGCGCGCUCUGCGCCGCGACCAAGGCCAUAGGCGACCUGCGCUCGAGCAUUAAUACGCCCACCCAAGCGUCAAGAAAGCGCGAGCUAGCCCGCGCCAUCAAGGAGCGCGACGACGCUGCGCAGCGGGUCCGCGACCUCGAAGCCGCGCUCCGCGAGAAGAGCCAAGAGGCCGCCGCGAUCAAGAACCAGUACGAACAUCGCUUGUCUGUCGUACGCAUGGCGACGAGCGGCGUUGGUGUCCUGCCGCCGCCUGCAGCUGCUCCUCAGCCAUCCCCUGCCGCAGUUGCGGAGAUGGAGAUCCCGGCCGCCGAGCGCCUUCGGCCGGCGCCCACCAGCGAUGCCUCUUCCGUGCGUCGAAUCCACAUACUUUAAAGCGAAAGUACCACGAUUGUUGGAU